UCGAAGGUGUAAAGAUACUUUAUCUUUGGCUUGAGACUUAAGGGAGCUAGAGAAGUUUCCAACAACGUGGAAAGAACUGGUAUCAGCAGAAAUCAUUGGCCCCACUAUGUGCUGAGGACAGAGAUCUGUUGCCGACAUACAUUGUGGCACUACAGUGACUUCCCAAUACUGCUUUCACUCAAGAUGGCUAGAGAGUCGAGGGCCAGCACAGCCCUGGACGACCAAACUACAGAGGAUUACAUGGGACUUCAGAUCAUAAAGGUGGAGGACAAAGACGCCUCCUCCUUUGCAAAGAAGGUCCACUUGCCAGGCAGCGGUGCCCAGGGUCUUGAGCAUUGUCGCCAGCGUUUCCGUGCUUUCUGCUACCUCGAGACUGCAGGCCCUGCCCAGGCGCUGAGCCAGCUGCGGGAGCUUUGCAGACAGUGGCUGCGGCCGGACCUGAACAGCAAGGAGCAGAUCCUGGAGCUGCUGGUGCUGGAGCAAUUUCUCACUAUCCUGCCAGGGGACCUGCAGGGCUGGGUGCGGGAGCAGUGCCCAGAGAGUGGGGCAGAGGUGGUGGUGCUGCUGGAGUAUUUGGAGAGGCAGCUGGAUGAGCCCAUGCCGCAGGUCCCAGAUGGUGAUCAAGAGCAAGAACUGCUCUGUUCCAAAGUGGUCCCAUUAGCAACUGCCCUGGGCUCACAGAAUAGCCAGUUGAAGCCUAUGAACUCUGUACUUAAGAAUGAAUCUUUGGAAUCCCAACCCUUACAAGACAGAGUUUUCCACGAAGGCUGUGGUGAAGAACCAAUGAUCUCUGCCAGACUCACUCCAGAGUCCCAGGGAUUGGUGAAAAUGGAAGAUGCCAUGACCCUGUCCCCUGCAUGGGUUCACCAGGAUUCAUCUCAGAUGAACCCCUACAGAGAUGAAAGGCAGAAUUGUGGCAGCCACGUCUCCCUGGGUCAGGAAAUGCAGGUAAAGACCAGUAAUGUGAAUGCAGGUGAAAAACAUUCAGAAGAAGAGCCUGGACCCCUGCAUGGGGACAUUGUUUGGGAGCAGGAGAGCAGGUUACAAAGAAAACAGAAAAGUACCAAAGGGAGUAGGCGGCACAUUUGCCAUGAAUGUGGAAAGAGUUUUGCUGAGAGUUCAAGCCUGAGUAAGCACAAGAAAAUCCACACUGGAGAAAAGCCCUAUAAGUGUGAGGAGUGCGGAAAAGCCUUCAGUAGCAGCAAUGUCCUCAUCAAUCAUCAGCGAGUUCACACUGGUGAGAAGCCAUAUGCGUGUAAGGAAUGCGGCAAGGCCUUCAGGCAGAAUUCUAACCUUAUCCAACACCAGAGAACCCACACUGGGGAGAAGCCCUAUGAGUGUGACAACUGCGGGAAAACCUUUACCCGGAUCUAUGGCCUCAUUGACCAUCACAGAAUUCACACUGGGGAGAAGCCGUACUCAUGUGUCACGUGUGGCAAAGCCUUUAGCCGUCAUUCUCAUCUCCGGAGCCAUCAGAGGAUCCAUACUGGGGCUAAAAAUGUUUGAGAACCUGACUAGGAA